AUGGUUUGGGGCGCUUGUCCCGCGGCGGAUCAUCUGCGUGUGGACAUAAACUUUGACUCGACCCGCUUUGGACCGGAUACUGUCCACACUUUCCUCGAUAACCUUGUCGACGUGCUCACGGCUGUCGUCACUACCCCCGACGGCACAGUCGACGACAUUCCAUUCUCCCAUGCUCUCGACCAGCUCGUCGAAGCCGGCAUUCCCGUGGACCCCGCACCAAUCCCCUCACAGCCUCGUCCCGCGCUCACCCAGGCCUUCUCAGACGCUGUCGCCGCCCAUUAUGAAAUCUCCGCACUCAUCGACGGAGAUCUUACCUUGACAUACCGCGAAGUUGACAUCCUCUCUUCAGUUCUCUCCAGGCGGAUCUUAGAGGCCACGAAGCAGCAAGAGAUACAUGCCUUUGUGUCUUUCUGUAUCCCUCCGGGGGCCAUUGCCAUCCUCACCAUCCUCGCUAUCGUGAAGAGUGGUGCUGCAUAUGUUCCCCUCGAUGUAAACCUCCCUGCAGCACGCCUUGAGACGCUGGUUCAAGACUCUGGUGCAUCCCUGGUCAUCACCACCUCAGCGUCGCCUUCGUUCAGCUUCAACCGCGACCGUGCUGCACACCUGGACGUCACCAACUUCCUUGACGACUGGAAGUCGCUCGUCGCUGCGUUUUCCCACGAGGAUCGCGACGGAUCUAUCUCGCCAGCCGAAUCUUCCAACGACGCCGCCUACGUGCUCUACACCAGCGGCAGCACUGGCAAGCCCAAGGGCAUUGUCGUCAAGCAGUCGUCCGUCGUAGCCUUCGCCACCAACCGCGACACCUUCGCGUGGGGCCCGGGACAUCGUAUCGCGCAGAUCAACAAUCUGGCCUGGGACGCGAGCGUGGCCGAUGUCUGGUGCUCGCUCCUGCUUGGCGCGACACUCGUGUGCUUCGAGCGCGUUGACGUGCUAAACGCGCAUGCACUCGCGCGGCGCUUCCAGGCUGCGCACAUCGACGGCUUCCUGCUGCCCACGUCGCUCUUCCGCCAGUUCGCCGUCGCCUGCCCGGACGUCUUCCACAGGCUCACGGAGAUCGUGACCGGCGGAGAGGCGCUCGACUAUGCGAGCGUCUGUCAAGUGCGGGCGGCGGCUCCGAGCGCGGUGAUCCGGAAUGCAUAUGGCCCGACCGAGGCGUGUGUGAUAGCGACAACCUUCAACGUUUUCCCCGGUGACGACGAUGUACCGCAUACCGGGCCCGUGCCCAUUGGUCGCCCGCUCGAGACGAGCCAAGUGCUGGUGGUUGACCGCCGUGGGCGGCUCGUGCCGCCAGGCGUCAUCGGCGAGCUGAUCAUUGGCGGCGAGGGCGUCGCCGAGGGGUACCUCAACCGCCCUGCGGAGACCGCGGACGUGUUCGUCGAGCUGCACAUUGAUGGACUGCCUGGGAACACAAGAUACUACCGCACGGGCGAUGCUGUGCGGUGGUACAACGAACAGCUGCAGUUCAUGGGCAGAAUGGACGCUGGGCAGAUCAAGAUCUCUGGACAGAGACUCGAGCUAGGCGAGAUUGAGGCGACCAUCCUGCGCACCGGACACGUCGCCGAUGCCGGCGUCAGCUAUUACAAGCCGACCGAUACUGGCGACCCGAGCCUUGUCGCAUAUGUUGUCCUCGACCACGAGCGGGCGCCCGAGACGCAUGUGGAGAACAGCCUUCUCGAGCAUCUGAGGGCAGUGCUGCCGUCCUACAUGGUCCCCGAGUGGAUCUUCUCUGUUGGCGCUAUCCCGCUUCAGACGAGUGGGAAGCUGGAUCGGCGACAACUGGCAGCCAUGGCAGCGAAGGACGCCAGUCGCGAUGCUCACAGAGCCGCCGAGGACGAUCAGAAUAUUUUACCUGCGGACGAGGUGGAAGCUCGCCUGUGUGCGAUCUUCGGCCGCUUACUGUCAGUUCGAGCAGUUUCACCCCUGGCAAAUUUCUUCCAAAUUGGGGGGCACUCGCUACUUGCAACUCGACUCAAGUCUGCGCUCGAAUCAGAGUUCCGCAUCGUUAUCCCGCUCAGGACAGUCUUUACCCGCUCGAGCCCCAGAAAGCUUGCGGCGAGCAUCCGCGAUAUCCUCCCCUCCACGCCAUCUGAUCAGCGCGUCGGUCUCCCAGCGAAGACCGUUGUCUCCCAUUCCGGCGCUUCUGAUUCAUCCGACGAGCUCUCCAUGGAUAUGAUGACACCAUCGGACGGGACGCAUUAUCAGCUGUCUUUCGCCCAACAGCGACUUUGGUUCCUCUCGAAACUCGCAUAUUUCGGAUCACAGAACAUCUGCUAUAACACUCCCUACAUCCUGAAGCUGGAAGGACCUUUGAACAUCGCCACUCUCGAACGCACCAUCCAGGAAAUUGUCUCUCGUCACGAGAUUCUCCGCACUAUUUUCGUCGAGGUGAACGAUUUGCCGGCUACGCGGGUUGUCGAUUUUUGUCCCCGUCUCGAGGUCGUACCUGUUGGCCCUGAUAUUGACUCACGAUCCUUGCGCGCACUCAUGGGAGAGUGCAUCAGGCGUCCGUUCUCACUCGAUCUCGAGCCAUCGGUCCGCGCAACCUUGUUUCAACUCUCCGAGGAUCGCUUCUACCUGCUCCAAUGCAUGCAUCACAUCCUAGUCGAUGGCUUUUCGUUCGACGUCAUUCGUUAUGAGCUGGCAGAAAUCUACGCCGCUUUCGAGGCCGGUAGAGGUCACAAUGUCCCUCCGCUACGCAUUCAGUACAAGGAGUUCGCACAGUGGCAACGGUCAAAAGACUUCGAGCGUAUGGUGCAGCCUCAGCUCGAGUACUGGACCAAGCAGCUCAAGGGCAGUCAGGCGGCGGAACUGCCAACGGACUUCCCACGGCCGCAACAUCUCAGCUAUGAGGCGAAGGCAUACGUCGCACGCUACCCCUCGGAGCUUUUCACUCGACUGGAACAGAUCUGCAAGCAGGAGCAUGUGACGAUGUUCAUGCUCCUGUCGGCUGCUUUCCGCAUCGUCCAGUUCCAACUCACCGGCCAGGCGGACGCCUCCUUCGCCUUCCCGAUCGCCAAUCGCAAUCGAGCUGAGACCGAGAAGCUUGUCGGGUUCUUCGUCAACACGCAGGUCCUCCGGCUGAAAGUGCGCUCUGGGAUGAUGUUCCUGGAGCUGCUCCAACAAGUGCGAGACCUGUCGAUGGCAGCGUUCAAGAAUCAGGACCUGCCCUUCGAGCGGAUCGUCUCGAUCCUCAACCCAACCCGUGACCUCAAUCGCAACCCGUUGGCGCAGAUUAUCCUCGCAUAUCAGACCGUGAAUACCGCACCGUUCAACAUAGGGAACGUCCAUGCUUCUGAUUCGCAAGUCGAUAUGGAUCUGACGAGGUUCGACAUGGAGAUCCAUUUCUCCCCCGAGAGCGACGGCGAGCUGGUUGGCGAGUUUGUGUACAGCACAGACUUAUUCAAAGAGGAGACCAUCGUCGACUUGGUAGACCGCUUACAAAAAGUGCUGGUACAGGUCGCCGACAAUGCGCGCUUCUCUAUCGAUCCGCCGCGGACGUCUUCGACCCAUCGCCAGCCAACUCCAUCUGACGUGGCAGCGUACCUGCGUGACUAUGUUCCUUGCGAGUUCCCUCUCGAUCUGCCUAGAUGUUCGGACGGUGCGUCUCCGCAACGAGCGUCGCAUCUCUUCGUCCUGCCACCGACCGUCUGCGAUGUACUUCGGGCCUCGUCGCUAGGCGAGGAGGAACUUCUCACGCUGUAUCUCACUGCACUCUCUGUGCUCAACCAUCGGUACACCCGCCAAGAGGAUAUCACGAUCGGUGCGUCCUUCUCUGUCUCUACGUGUGUAAGGUGA